AUGGAGUUAAAAGGGAAGGUUGCUUUAAUAACUGGAGCCGCGGCCGGCAUCGGGCUAGCUUAUAGCGAAGAAUUAUUAAAACAAGGAGCGAAGGUGUCACUUUGUGAUAUCGAUUCUGAAAUAGGAGAACAGGUGGCCGAUGAGCUGGGCGUGAAGUAUGGAAGGAAAAACGUGCUGUUCUGUCAGUGUGAUGUUACUGACUAUCCGCAAUAUGAAGAAGCGUUUGAGAUGACAAUAAAAGUAUUCAAUCGACUCGACAUCGUUAUUAAUAACGCCGGUGUUAUGAACGAUAGAUUCUGGGAACUCGAAGUCGAUGUUAAUUUGAACGGUGUUAUUCGCGGUACUCUGUUGGCGUACCGUUUCAUGGGUAAGGACCGCGGCGGCGCCGGUGGUACCAUCGUCAACACAGCCUCAACAGCCUUCGUCCGUCCCCAAGUCUCCACUCCUAUAUACACGGCUACUAAUUAUGCCGUCGUCGGUCUAACGAGGUCGUAUGGGGACCAAUACCACGUGAGUCUGACAGGCGUUCGUAGUAUAGCACUACUAGCGGGGCUUACGGACACAGGGCUUGUUAAGGAAAUACGGAAACAACUGAUGUCGUCUGAUUACGAGGCUGCGUGGCAGAGGGAUAACGCGAAUUCUAAGGCUCAAAGUCCGGAGCACGUGGGUCGAACCUUGAUCGACGUGUUGAUGAAGGCUCAAAGCGGUUCCGUGUGGGUUGUCGAAAAUGGUUUGGCAGCUCGCGAAUGGCGCGGCUGA